UGCAACAUCAUCUGGAAUGUCAGAAGGAAGCAUUUCAACAGAAGCAGUUUCAACUCUGAUCUCUUCCACAGCAACAACAUCAAGAGUUAUGCAGAAUAUGACCACUUCCAGAGCAACAACAAGCUCUACAUCAUUUUCUCAACAAUUUAGUACUCCAGCAUUUGAAACAUCUACCAUUGACUCCACUAUUGUCUUUACUACACAUCCUCUACCUACCAGCACAACGAUGAUUACCACAGCAACAUGCCCUGAAUUUACUGAACAAGAUCUUGGAAACAUCACAGCAGAAAAUGUCAGAAAUCAGAGUUUUACCUUAAAAUGGUUGGAUCAGACCUUAGAAUCAUGUGGAAGCUAUAAUAUUGAAAAAUCACCUGGAGGUGGAUCAUUUCUUUGUACUUUCAACUUCAGCAAAAACACCUGUAAUUUUGUUGAUUUAAGCCCAGGUCGAACUUAUACACUGAAUAUUCACUUUAUCGAUAAAGACAACAAAACUCUAACACGUACUUUGAAUGUUACUACAGUGCCUGCAUUUGUAUCAAACAUUACAUUCCCAUCGAAUGGAACCCAAAACACUUCUCUAGCAGUUACCUGGGCAGCAGCAAAGGGAUACCUGCUUUCAUACACCAUUCAGUUGACAUCAAUGUUUAAUGAGGAGCAGUCGAUUGUUGUACAAUCAAACCAAAAUUUAUUUGCUGAGUUUUUAAAUUUACAACCUGGACGUACUUACACCAUCACAGUGAAAACUUUGACAGGUGGCAACUUGUCCAAUAAAGGAGUGACAAUACAGCAGAGUACAGAUUCAGAUGAAUGCAGCAAUGGAGGUAAUCAGUGUGAGCAGAUUUGCAUUGAACGCAAUAAGUUUGAAAACAGUCGAGGCUAUGAAUGCAAUUGCAGAACUGAAUUUGAAUUGGAUUCAGACGGGAAAAGUUGCACAGCUAUUGACAGUUGCAAACUCAGCUGCACAAAUUCAAAAUGUUUUAUUGACACAUCCUCUAGUCAACCUACAUGCCAGUGUAAUAAAGGAUACACUUUGGAUGAACCAGGCACAGUCUGCAGAGAUACCAAUGAAUGUGAUUCACAAUUAAAUAAUUGUGACCAAACUUGUCAAAAUACUCUUGGUGGUUUUACAUGUUCAUGUCAACCUGGUUAUCUAUUGGACCAAGGGGACAAAGGAAGUUGCCAUGAUAUCAAUGAAUGUGAUUCACAAUUAAACAAUUGUAACCAAACUUGUCAAAAUACCCUUGGUAGUUAUAAAUGUUCAUGUCAACCUGGUUAUCUAUUGGAUGAAGGAGACAAAGGAAGUUGCCAUGAUAUCAAUGAGUGCUUAUCAAGUCCAUGCAACAGGAAAGGUUCUUGCAUCAACACACAGGGUUCCUUUCACUGCAAAUGUGUAACUGGCUGGACUGGGAAAACAUGUUCAGAAGAUGUAAAUGAAUGUUUGGCUAAUCCAUGUAUGAAUGGAACAUGUUUGAACACACGAGGAAGUUACCAAUGCCAAUGUUUCGGGGGCUUUACAGGACGAAACUGUGAAACCGAUAUUGAUGAGUGCUCCAGCAACCCCUGCAAGAACAAAGCCACCUGCAGAGAUUCCAUAAAUGCUUUUGUCUGCGACUGUUUACCUGGAUAUACUGGUGGACUCUGUCAAAAUACAAUUAAUAACUGUGCUAGCAAGCCGUGCCAAAAUAAUGGGUUCUGCCAGAACCACAUUAAUGACUAUAAUUGCAUAUGUCAAAACAAUUGGAAAGGCAAAGACUGCAAUACAGAUGUGGAUGAAUGUUCCACUGGCGUUCACGAUUGUGAUAGGCAUGCUGGAAUAUGUAAUAAUACGUUGGGAUCCUACACAUGUUCCUGUAAAGAUGGGUAUGAAGGCAACGGUUUCAUUUGCAGAGAAAAACGGCUAUUUGACUAUGGAUCAAAGGUUGGGGAUAUAAAGCUCUUUGGAACAACACGUGACUUUAACUCUCCAAUCAUCAACAUCCCAUCUGGCUUUCCUUUUGAUGAUGCAUUUUACUACAGAUUAUAUUUUUCAGAUAAUGGAUUGAUUACAUUUCAAAGACACAAUGAUUAUCUGCAGUAUAUAUACUCAAGUCCAUUCUGGGGAUUCUUUUCCUACUUUUAUUUUGUGCGACCACCAAUGAUUGCUGUUUUCUGGGAUGAUGCAGACUUGAGAAGAGGGACAGGAAGUAUUUACUACCAGGUGUUUGAUUUCCAAGUCAAGACUGAUUCUUAUAGUCGGAAUUUCCAGAAUGAUCUUAAAACACAAGUAAAUAAUUACUAUGGUUCAGAACUUGGCAAUUCAAACUUCACGCCCAAGUGGGCACUCAAGAUCACCUGGGAUAAUGUCCUUCCAUACUCUGGAUAUCAAAACGCGGAUCCUGAAGAUACCAAUACAUACCAGGCAGUUAUAACAACGGAUGGCAUCUUCUCCUUCUGUUUAAUUCAAUUCAAAGAUGGUGGAAUGAACUGGAAAUAUCACCUAAGGCCUUCCUAUAAAAACUAUGCUCUCAUGGGAUACAAUAGUGGAUCUACAAGGUCACGCCAUGAUUCAAAUGCAUUUCCAGCAUUUAAUGACCCCCAGACCAGAUUUUCUGUGUCACCUUAUAAAAUCUACCACCCAGAUAAAUACCCAGGCUUUAAAACAGGCAAAAAUGGACGUUGGGCUUACCGCUUGGAAAGAAAUAACCAAUUUACAAGAAACCCAAGACAAAAAUGCAUUGAUUGGUAUUUAAGUGAACCUGCGCCAUACUGGAGUUUCUUCACUUCCCCUUGUCCGUGCUCAUAUUGGCAGGCUAUAUUUGAUCGUGCCUUUACAUGGGGAGGCAACAUAAUUUAUUAUGGAUUUGAUGUUAAAGAAUCUCAAGAUAAUGUUUACUACAUCACAAUGCAAAGCAGAUUCAGUCAGCAAGGUUCUGGAGUGAGAUGUUACUAUUCAUGGAAUGGUGGUCUAAUCUAUGGUGAAAAAGAAAAAUUCCUCCCAACACCAUGGACUUACUACAACUGGUGGUUUUGGUGGUGGAGGGGAUACUUUUAUUAUAGACAGCAGUGGAACUAUUUUUGGAACACAGUUUUACCAUCUCUGCAAAAGCAAUACAAAGAAAUGGAAGUUGACCCAUACCAUGACUGCUGCCGAGACUCUGGAGAUGCUUAUUACUGUAAUCUUUACCGAUCGAAGAGACCCCUGGAUUUCUGCUUCGGAUAUAUUCCUCCACGGAUAGGUUUUUUCUUUGGAGAUCCUCAUGUUGUGACCCUGGAUAAUGUAAAAUAUACCUUCAACGGCCUGGGAGAAUUCAUCCUAUUAAAUGUGAAAGAUGAAAAUGAUACGCUGGUGUUCAACUUACAGGGGCGAACCCUCAGAGCUGGAGAAAAUAGAACAUCACAGGCAACAAGCUUUGUAGCAUUGGCAGCACAAAGAUCAAAUGGAACAAAGGUUCAGUGGAACAUCAAUGAUAAUGAUGAAAUAAUUCUCAUGGUUGACGGAAACAUUGUAAACGUUACAGAAAAUUCUACCUUUAUAAAUCAAGUAACCUUACAAAAGACAAGCAACAAUGAAACAGUGGCUACUUUUGAAGGUGGAACAUCCGUCACUGUCUCAGGAACAAAGGGGACUUUGGCUUUCACUACUUCAUUAGAUAAUUCUUUAAAAAAUAAAACAGAAGGUCUCUUGGGUGUCUGGAAUGAUGAUAAAACAGAUGAUUUUAAAGCUGCCAAUGGAACGUACCUUGACUUUGAUGGAACAAAUUUGCCCAAAGAAGCUCAGAUAUUCUUUGAUUUUGGCCUGACAUGGAAAACAACUGUGAACAUCAGUGUAUUCACAUAUAAUACAACCCCAGGAGAGUCUUGGUACACCUAUAACAACAAUACUUUUGUACCUAAAUUUUAUGAUGAACUUUUGCUAACCACUGAAAAAGAGAAAAUCGACAAAGCUAAUGAAACUUGCAAAGGAAACGAUGACUGCAUUUUUGAUGUUUUAAGUACAGAUGAUUUUUCUUUUGGAGCAGCAACAUUACAAAGUCUGACAACAUUCGCAGCACAGAACAGCACAAUGAAUAAUUUCCCACCUAACAUCACUGGAGAUUCAACUAUUCAAACUCGUCUUGAUGAACCGACGUUCUUUCUUUUUACUGCAACUGAUAAAAAUAAUGAUAAGGUGACAUUUUCAGUGGUGACUGAUUCUCCAGAUAUCACAAUGACAGAAAAUGGAAACUUUUCAUGGAAUCCAACAAGUGCCACUCCUGUGUUUGCCAUAGUACAAGCUAAUGAUUCCAAGGCUGUUUCUGUGUUAGGGCUGACACUUAUAUUGUGCAACUGCAGCAUCAAUUCAACCUGUGAUUAUUCCAGAUCAAUUUUAAGCAUAGAAAAAAACAAUACUGUCUUUAAGGUCCCAGCAUGUAACUGUACACCUGCUUACGUGGGUGAUUACUGCACUGAAGAUUUUGAUGCUUGUCAAGACAACCAAUGUUUCCUGAAUGACACUUGCAAAGACCAACCUGCACCACUGGAGAGUUAUGAGUGCGAUCCAUGUCCAGAAAAUUUAAAGGGAGAUGGACGAAAGUGUUUUGAUAUAGAUGAGUGCCAGGAUAAUACGGACACUUGUGAACAGAUCUGCACAAAUAUUUUUGGAGGAUUUAACUGUAGCUGUAACAAGGGUUACACAGUAAACACAUCAAACAGCUCCCUGUGCACUGACAUUGAUGAAUGCAGUAAUACUUCCACGUGUCCCCAAAAUGCAGUCUGUAUUAAUUCAAUAGGGAACUACUCAUGUACAUGCAAGUCUGGAUAUGAAGGAGAGCCAUACAGGUUCUGUGUUGAUAUAGAUGAAUGUCUUAAUACCAACUCAUGUCCAGGCAGUAAUUCCAUCUGUACUAAUACUGAGGGCUCUUUCAACUGUACAUGUCUAAAUGGAUAUGAAAAACCCAAUUGCACAGAUAUCAAUGAAUGUGCACAAAAUCAGAGCAAUUGUCCCUUGAAUUCUUCAUGCAGCAAUACAGAUGGCUCAUACAUGUGCCAGUGUAAUAAAGGAUUUGAAGGCCCUAACUGCACUGAUAUUGAUGAAUGUGGCAAAUUUCUGUUUGACUGUCCUAAUCACGCUAGCUGUCAAAACAUGCCAGGUUCAUUCAUGUGCUCCUGUCUGCUUGGAUACAAAGGAAAUGAAACACUCUGUGAAGAUGUUGAUGAGUGUGCAGAGGGCAUUGCAAUUUGUCCUUCAAAUGAAACCUGUGAAAACACGAUUGGAAAUUAUACUUGCAUUUGCCCUGCUGGAUCUCAAAGGGUAGAUGGUUCUUGCCAAGAUAUUGAUGAAUGCCAAAACCUAGUCUAUUGUUCAAAACCUGGGCAACGCUGUGUUAACACUGAAAACUCUUUUAAAUGUGAAUGCAAGAAUGGAUUUGAAAAUAGCAAUGGAACGUGUAAAGAUAUAAAUGAAUGCCUGAAUGAAGAAUUAAAUAACUGCUCCAAAACUCAAGGUCUCUGCGCUAAUGUGGAGGGUUCAUACAGCUGUCAGUGUAAGGCAGGUUAUUCUGGAGAUGGCAUUAGUUGCAGUGAUGUGAAUGAGUGUCUUGACAGUAAUGUCUGUUCAGAGAAAAACAAUACCAUGUGUGUCAAUUCUGAGGGCUCUUUCAACUGUACGUGUUCAAAGGGAUAUGGAGGACGUAACUGCACAGAUGUGAAUGAAUGUCUUGACAGUAAUGCAUGUUCAUGGAAAAACAAUUCCAUGUGUGUCAAUACUGAGGGUUCCUACAUCUGUACAUGUCAAAGUGGAUAUGAAGGACCCAACUGCACAAGUCUUCCCAUAGUCACCGUUUCAACAAGUACUUCAAGUGCAUCAGCCGAUCAAACAUCUAGUCCUACGUCAUUACUUGUACCCUCAACAGAUGGCACCACAGCUACACCUACCACUGAAACCUUUACCACUGAAAAGCAUACCUCAGUACCAGCAGUUCCAACAUCAGAUCAUGCAUCUACCAGUGCUACUAAAGAAAUAAGCACUGUACCUUCUAUUGCUGCAACAACCUCAACUGUAAUUAAAUCCACUAUAAUAACAACAUCAGAGGAAACGAUGGCAACAAGUACAACUAGAGCAGCAGUUCCUGCAGUUACAAUAUCUACAACAGUUAGCCCUACAGCCACAGGAAUUCCUACAACUACGUCAACCAUCACAACAUCAACACCUGGAGUUACAUCAACCACAAAAACUAUGGAAACAAGUACAACUAGAGCAGCAGUUCCUGCAGUUACAAUAUCUACAACAGUUGGCCCUACAGCCACAGGAAUUCCUACAACUACGUCAACCAUCACAACAUCAACACCUGGAGUUACGUCAACCACAAAAACAAUGGAAACAAGUACAACUAGAGCAGCAGUUCCUGCAGUUACAACAGUCAGUCCUACAACCACAGGAAUCUCCACAACUACUUCAGCCACCACAACUGCAACACCCAAAAAUAUUUCAACCACAGUCCCCACAACUCUGACAACCACACCAAUCAUCACAACUACUUUUACUACCUUGACGACUUCAACCACUGCAACUACCAUAGUGCACACAAGCACCACCACCUUGCCUGCAAUUACUAUACCAUCAACUGUCCAAACAACUGAACCUAUUAUAGUAUCUGACAGACUUUUUGAAUAUGGAGAGAAAGCUGGUGAUAAAAAACUGACAGCAACUAGUCCUGAUGUGAAGUCUCCUGUUUUUAAGCCAGAGAUUGACUUUCCUUUUGGGAACACUCAGUAUUCUUUGCUUUAUUUUACAGACAAUGGCGUGAUUGUUUUUCCAUCAUCGGAGACUGAGAUUUUCUCUUAUACGAAUCCACCAGUUAAUGGAUUUACUGCAAGUUCUAAACCACCUAUGAUUGCAGUAUUCUGGAGUGAUGCAGACCUCUCAGGCAGUGUUGGAAAUGUUUUCUAUCAGGAAUACAAAACAUAUGGUAAUGAAUUUUUUAACCUAACGCAGAGAUUAGAAACAACAAUAAAAAGGUACUUUGAUUUUGGAUAUAAGGCCAAAUGGACUUUAAAGAUAACCUGGGAUAAGGUACCUGCGUUCCCUGCUGCCCAAACAGAUGAGAAGACAAACACCUACCAAGCAGUUGUAACUACAGAUGGCAGCCACUCGUUUGUUAUAAUGUUAUAUCAGUCUGGAGGAAUGAACUGGGAUGUAUCAACACUUGGUUCUAAAAAUGUUGUUAUUGGCUACAACAGUGGCGACGGAUUUUUAUUGAAUAAUGUGCAAAUGGACCUUUCUGCCACUGAAAGAUUUCGACCCGAUAAAUAUAAAGGACCAAACGCAGGUUUGAAAGGUGUACGACUGUAUAAACUGAUUCAGGGUACUCCACGGGUAAAUUACAAAGCAAACUGUCUAAGUUGGUUUACAUCAGAGCCAAAUCCAACUGAAUGGAACCAAAGUUUACUUUCCUGUCCAUGCACCUUUCCUCAAGGCCAAGCAGACAAUCGAUUCCGAAACUACAAUCUGGGUAUUUCAGCCAAGGUUCUUCGAAGUGCCAGUCCAAAUGCAUUUGGUGCUGGUCAAAGGUGUAUUUACACCGAGAGGAAUGCAUUAAUUGAAGGUUGGCAGGAACGAUACUGGACAUCUACACAAUCAGCAUCCUCAGCCCAGAAUAAAAAAUCUGACCUGGAUCCAUACACCUGGUGCUGUGAAAACGUUGACAACCCAUCAUUCUGUGAAUAUUACAGAAAUAAAAGACCAAGCAUUAACUGUAACAACUACAGGCCACCAACUCGAGCCAUGAUGGUUGGAGACCCCCACUUCACUACUCUUGAUGGACUUCCCUACACUUUUAAUGGCCUUGGAGAUUUUGUACUGCUUAAUGUUAAUGAAUCCAAUGGCAACACUAUUUUUAAGCUCCAUGGUCGCACAGUCCAAACUGGUGUAGCUCUCGCCACAAACUUCAUGGCAUUCGCAGCCCAGCACAUAUUAACCAAAACUACCACAGUCCAGAUGAUUCUGAAAAACAAUGAUUCAAUUGAUGUACUAUUAAAUAAUGAAACGGUGCAAUUUGUGCCUUCCACUGAGGAUAACAAAGAAAUAUUUCGUACUGGUACCUUUUAUAUGGAGAAAAACGGAAAUGCAUCAGUAAUCGUUUCAUUUGGUAGUGGAAUCUCAUUAAUAGUAAACGCACAAUAUGGGAUGUUAUUUGCAAUCACCAAUUUGCCAGAAGAUUAUCUGAACAAAACAGAGGGUCUUCUUGGUGUAUGGAAUGGCAAUCCAAAUGAUGAUUUCACAAUGCCUAAUGGCUCUGUUAUUCCAGCUAAUAGCAAGGAAUCUACAAUUUUCAAUUAUGGAAUAACUUGGGAAGUGCCCUGGAACAGUUCCAUUUUCACAAUUGGAAGAACCGCUCCAAACAAUUCUUUUACACCUCUCUAUCUGGAUGAUCUCCAUCAACGGAAUAAGACUUUGUAUAACAUAUUGGCCACUGAGUGCAAAAAUAACACUCAAUGCAUUUUUGAUGCAAUGAGUACAGGACGAAAAGAGGUCGGAUUGUCCACAGCAGAGAGAAACAUAGAAUUUCAGGAAGUCAACAAAAUGCUAAAUUCAUAUCCACCGAUCAUUCAAGGACCAAAUGUGAUUUAUGCACAACUGUUUCAGCAAAACAUUUCUUACUACACAGCAACAGGAAAAAAUGUUACAUUUAAUCCUUACAUAACCAAAGAUCUGAACAUAACAGAAAAUGGAACUCUGAUCUGGCAUCCAAAGAGCAUUAGUGGAGUAUCAUUAGAAAUUGAAGCAAUUGGGUCCAAUAACCUGUCUUCCGUUCUUAGACCCCAGUUGGUGAUAUGUAACUGUGGUAAGAAUGGAGUGUGCAUCACCAGUGAAACCACUCGAUUCAAUGGCUCUUCGGUCUAUAAAGCUGCUUGUAAUUGUACAGUUGAAUUCACUGGUAGCGACUGUCAAACUAAAAUUGAUCCCUGUCAGACUAUCAGCUGUUUCCCAGGAGUAAACUGUUCCUCUUCUGGAGUUUGUGGCACCUGUCCUGCUGGAUUGACUGGGGAAGGCAUACAUUGCUCUGAUAUAGAUGAGUGUAAAGAUAAGAAACCGUGUUCUCUAAAUGCAACAUGCUUCAACACUGUGAGCAGUUAUAACUGUACCUGCAAUCCAGGAUUUUCAGGCAAUGGGAAAUUCUGCACAGCCAAUGCUGAAUGUGGCAGUUCAUUGUGUUCACCCGAUGCUACCUGUAGUAACAUAACAGGGAAUUUCAGCUGCACAUGUAACACAGGAUUCACAGGAAAUGGUACAACCUGCUUUCCAUUGCCUGAUCCAUGUGGCUCUUCCCAGUGCCCUUCCUCGUUCUGCAAUAAUGGAGGAACCUGUGUACUCAACCCUGCCAGUGGCUGCAAACCAUUCUGCCAAUGUCCAAGUCAGUACAGAGGAGAGAAGUGCACGGAGGCAGGAUCUGGGUUCAUUGCACAACCUUUGCCAAUUUUGCCAAAGAGAUCUGUCAAUAUUACAUUGAAAGUACAAGGUGUUGAUGUGAGUGUCCUAAAUGACAGUAACAGUACAGACUACAGAUCUCUGACAAGUAUCACCGCAGAAAAGGUCCUUGGAAUUCUGCAGAACAUAGAACAUUUUUCUGAAAAUUCGGAUUAUGUUUUCUGGCCAAACGAAAAAACAGUAGCCACUGCUGUUGUGUCAUCAUUCAAUUACAAUGGAAAUAAGACAGUAAUUGAUUUCCUAAAUGAAGGGUUACAUGGUGCAAUUCUGACUGCUUUUAAUGGCAAACGACUGUUUACACGUGCUCUGAAUGCUGAUAAUAUUACUUUUGGACAAUUAAAUGCAGUGGACAUUCACAAUAAAGCUAAAUUAUCAUACAAUCAAUUACUGAAUUACUUCAGCUGUAACAACACAGAAUUUGCUGGUUACGUGAUACGAUGGGAUGACCAGAUUGGAGUGGUUUGCCAAUCUCCCUGUGAAAUGAAUUACUGUCUCAAUCAGGCAAAGUGCCAACAUCUGAGAACAGGACCUUUGUGCGAAUGUGUUCCACGCACAAUUUAUUCAAGUUACGGUGAUCGCUGUGAACACUUAUCCAUGAACCUCAGGGCAUUUUUUGGCAUUCUAUUUGGAGCCUUAGCUUUGCUGUUAUUACUGAUGUUAGCCAUAUUUUUCAUUGUAUGGAAGUGCAAACCGUGUGGAAGGGAAAGACUCACAAAUGACACAAGCAGCAUUGCAGAUAGACAUACGACAUUCUCUUUUAAAAGACAUCCAUUUUCUGCCAAGCUGAAAGAUACCUAUAUCUUGCCUACUUUGGAUGAUAAAGAUCUGUCUCAUUCCAGCUGGACACCAAAACUUGACAGUAUCAGCCCAAAUACAAAGAUAAAAAUUCAAAGACCAUCACUCAAGAAAGAUGGUACUGAAUCAGCAUAACACUGAGGAACUUACCACCCAAAAGCUUAUGAAAAGUGACACCCUGACAUAAAGGAGUAAUUGCGCCAUGAAUGUACUGUAUGGAUACAGGUUCAUUAGAUAUGAAUACCUGGAUACAGAUAUGUAUACUUGAAUCAGUUUUCAGUUACCUAUACCCUAAAUUAACAAUAUCUUCCAAAAUUAUGGUUUUAUAUAAAUAUAUAAUAGUAAACACCUUAUGUUCAUUCAUAACUAUUACUCUCUGUAAUGAUACUGUAAGUAAAUUCCAUAAAGGUUCAUAUGAAUUAGAAGGUGUGUUUCAUUCCUGGUGUCUGAUAAUAUCAGUACCUAACAGUUUACAGUAUAAAGAAUGGAAAUUAUCAGUAGGAUACCUGCUAUUCAGAAUACCAUCUAUUGUCCUAGUAUAAAAUUCCUCAAUAUUUCUUCCAAGUUGAAAUUUACAAAUCAUGAUUACAAUAAUCAUUAAAACAUUCCAUGUAUGUAUUCUUAGAGCACUAUUUUUAUAACGUUUGUAUUACUAUAUUUAAUAUGAAGACUGGGUCAUCAAAUUGCACAUGUCAUGUUACUGUAUUCGAAUCUGAAUUUUGUGGUAAAAUAAAACUUGAAUGUGUGAGGCCUUUGGUGAGGGGCAUCAGAACAUAUUUAUGUGAAAAGGCACUAAAGGGGUCAUAUUUAAUAUAAUAAGCAUAUCAUUUAAAAAUUCUGUACAAAAUUUAUAUAAGAAUUAUAUAAGAAUUUUAAAGAUUUAAAUAAAAACAAUCAACUGAUCUAA